AUGUCUAAGGGUCACUUGAAGCCUGAGUGGGAGAUUUUCUUUGACACCUUGGCUAAGGUGUUCUCCCCUACCGAUCGCAGAAACUUCCACAACAUCUCCAACAUCCUUCAGGUUUUUGGACUUUGCAUUGCUUAUAAUCGUCCAAUUGACUUUGGAAAGAUAAUCCUGAAGGAGAUUCUGAGGAAAAUGGGACCACUAAUGAGUCGAUCAGUGGAAAACAAUGAUAAAGUUGAAUGCUUCUACCCUCGGUUUCUUAUGCUGCUUCUGAAUGACAAGAUGACAGAAGCUGAUAAAAACUUCUACUUCAACAGUGUACGAGCUUUGGUCAAGAAGGUCAGUACUAAGUUGGUGAAUAAGCUCGCAAAAUCCACGAAGCAUAAUCAAGUUCCACUUGUAGUCACUCCAUUCAUGUCAGAGAUGUUCAACGCUCUGUUGGCACCUCUUCAGUUUAAUGUGGCUCAACCUGAACCUCUGCAACAACAACAACAACCUCAACAACAACAGCAACCACUACAACAGCUACUUCAACAACAACAACAACACUCUCCACAACAAUCACCUCAACCAUCACCUCAACAAUCACCUACUCAAUCACCUAUCCACCAACAACAUCAAUUCCAUUCAUUUGAAUAUGAGCCCCUGCAGUAUGACUUCUUCGAAACUCAUCCAUCUUCAUCUGAACCCAUCAUACCACUCACUCAAACAUCACCUAUCCCUCAAACACAAUCAACCUCACAACCACUGCCAUCAGAUUCUACCAUCAAUCCAGAUUUUCAAUCAUUCAGAGAUGACUUACAGGUAGCUCAGGUUCAUAUCCCCGCUGAUGUUUCAUUUCAACAAACUGUCUCUUCUCCAAACACUUCAACCAACACUACUUCAAAACCUGUUAAGAAAGUUGCCAGGAAGAGGAGUUCGAGUAGUUUGAUGAGUCAACCCGCAGCUCUGUCUUCCCAAAAGAAGCAACGAGUUAAAACCUCGAAGACAACUACAGCCACAUCCUCGCCUUCCCAAAAAGGCUUAGACUCUGAUAUGGCAAUACAGUCUCUGGAUUCAUUCUCUCAACAGAAUGAAGCUAUUGAAGUUGACCGUCCAGCCAUGGUAAUCUGUACUGAGUCAAGCACUGCUCUAGCACUCACGCUAGUGCAAAAUCAAGCCAAUACACAGCAAACUGGAUCAACUUCUCAGGAACUCCAAGUCUGA